GGAAAAGUUGGGAGGAGUGGAGGGUGUGGAAAAAGACUCGUGGUUUUUUUUUCUCCUCAGAUAUUUGAAAAAAAUUCACUACAAUUGUUGCUGUAAAUGUCAAAGAGGUCACUCUCAGUCACGCGAAAUAGAAAUGUAUAGGUACAUGGAUAAUAGCAGGUCGUUUUAAGACUAUUCCAACGUUUGCUGGCGUUACACUUUCUGGAAAGAACGGAGUCUCUACCGGGUAUUUCUGAUUUACGAAAAUAUCUCCUUGGUGGGAGAUUCUCAAUCUCAAAAUAGCACACCGUGUCAGAGCCGCCAGUUUACCUUGUGCACGAAAGUGGAGGUUGGCGGUGAGGUGGUCGUCAUCCCAAAGCUUGGCCUAUUUUGUCCAUAGCAUUUGAUCGUCUCUGUUUGUUGGACAUUUCAAGGAACGAUUUUGGGUAAACAUCGGCAGGGUGGUUACAGUUUGCCAAAAACGAGGUCGCUGACAACCCUCCCCCCGUACGAAAAUGGCACAGUCCACACCAACUACCCGUGAGAGAGGAACCCACGAGGUGGAAGAAAACUGUGCAGAAGCCGGCGGCCCCCUUUCCUCUUUCAUUGGCUGUACAAAGAACCGCGGCCACCCCCAGUUCAUCCCUGUCUACGAGUUCAGUGCGGACCACGUGAGACCCUACAUGCCUGGUGAACAACAGAAGGGUGUGGACAGGAUGGUGGAGAUUGUCAAGGUUUUGGCAGAGUUUGUGGUCAGGAUCAGCGCGCCGGUCGUUAGUGACCAGCGGCCAGACACCUGGGAAGAUGGCCGUCCUUACCCAUUUGUCGAUAGAAGAGGUCGACGCACUAACAAGGUCGGCAGCGGUUAUGUGACAUGCGUGACCAGGUUGUGUGGUAAAUCUGUUGUUGGAAUCUGUAGACGUGGGAGCUGUCCACGGGGGACAGCUGAGGAGAACGAGUGUUGGAAGAUUCAAGUGGCCACUGCACGUCACGUGGUUUAUGACGACAGUGAGGCCAGGGAAUGUGAGCUUGUGUUGUUUGACGAUCGUCCGGACGGAAGUGACAGUGUGACCCUGACGGGGGGCUGGAGUGUAGAGUCUGCCGACACAGAGAAGGACAUGUGUGUACUGGAGUUGUACACUCAUGACAAAGUACUGGGUCGGAGGCUCGAGAAUAUCUGGAGCAGGCGACGGGCGGCACUGUGGACGUUUUCGAAAAGGGAGUUCUAUCUGUGGUGGACUGAAAUGUUCCGACAGUUGUUGCAGGAUGACAGGCUCUCGCAGUUGUUGCAGGAUGACAGGUUCUCACAGUUGUUGCAGGAUGACAGGAUCCCACUGUUGUUGUUCAAUAACACGUUCUCACGGUACAUAUCCCAUAGACUCUCACUAUUGCUAUAUUACACUGUGUGUCAUGACGACUCAGACCUGACUGUCGUCAUCUCACACCCACACGGGAGGAUGAAGUACAUAACUUUGGGACAGGUGGACUCUGAACGUCCGUCUGGCAGACAAGAUAACUGUUUCACCUACACCGCCGCCACUUGCCCGGGAAGCAGUGGCGGCUUGGUCAUACCUCUGCGUUUUUGGCUCCUGUCUGCACGUGUCACAACUCACUGCUUUUCACUGUCUGUGAAUUGUGGCCUUAGUGGUGGGGAACAUUCUUUUUGUUAGUGAUGUUUGAACAAACACAUACUUCUGAGUGUACGGGCGCACACACACACAUACACACACACAUACACACACACACAUACACACACACACAUACACACAUACAAACA